AUACCAUCCCCUUUAUACUUUUCCCGUUUGCCAACGCCGCCGCUCAGCUCUAAAUCCUCAAAACUCUCAGCCGCCGACGCUGUUCCUCAGCUGCGCCACCAAUAUCAACUCCAUUUACUGAAAUUAUUUGAAAGGGAGAAAAACAGGAAAAUGAUGACGGGAGAGGAGGGGCAGCCAUUACCAUAUGUAUCGGAGAUAAUUUUGAAGAAAAGGAAAAUAAGAGACGAGUUAGCGAUUACGAGGAGGACCCAGUUGGAGUUGGGUAAAUAUGGAGCGAAGAAAAGCAAGAAGCAAUCCGAUGUUUCCGAUAUCAAAAGACCCGAACAGUUCAUAAAAGAGUUCAGAGACAAGGAGUUGGACCUGAUCAGAAUGAAACAGAGGGCAAAGAGAUCAACAUCUAUGAUACCAAAACUGAGAUCGAACUUGCUUUUCAUUAUCCGUAUACAAGGCAAAAAUGAUAUGCAUCCAAAAACUAGGAAGAUCUUGUACAAGCUGAGAUUGAGGAAAGUUUUCAGUGGUGUCUUUGUGAAGGCAACCGAGGGUGUGAUGGAUAUGCUGCAAAAGGUGGAGCCAUAUGUUACAUAUGGAUAUCCAAAUCUUAAGAACAUAAAGGAGCUGAUUUACAAGAAGGGCUAUGCAAGGAUCGACAAGAAACCAGUUCCUCUAACAGAUAAUAAUAUCAUCGAACAGACAUUGGGGAAGUAUGGAAUCAUAUGCAUAGAAGAUAUCAUACACGAAAUCGUGAAUGUCGGUCCACGUUUCAAGGAGGUUAUUCGUUUUAUGGGACCACUUAUGUUGAGUAAGCCAGAAGAUGGAUUAAUCAAGGGGAAGAAACAGCCGUACAAAGAAGGCGGAGAUGCUGGUAAUCGGGAAGAUGAAAUCAAUGACCUAAUUAGUAAGAUGAAUUAGCUUUAAUAUUUUAGUUAAUAUAAGUUUUGAUGUGUGGAUGUGGUCCAGGUUUGAAUUGACUUUUGUUAACAGUUUAAUCAAUGCCUAGUUUACCAGUUCUUGUUUGUUGAGAAA